GUCCUAGCAAUGUCAUGCUCUGAGAGAUUCGUUUUCACGGCGUCCUUGGUUAACUCUUUCGUGGACUGCCGUCCAAAGGAGCCCCCCUCUGUUGCCCACCCUCACCAGCACGCCGCCUGCUCUGACCCGGACUGCAGUGUCCAAAAUAACUGUGGUUCCGUGCCAAACACGGCCAUACCCGGGACAAUGAACCAGCACCAGCAGUUGCAGCCGCAAGAAGCAAUGGCUCAGUCUCGAUACCAAUACCACCAGGGAAUACUGAACUGGGACGUGCCACAUUUGAGCCCGGUCCGGGUGCCGCAGGUCAGUGCGUGCCCUUACAGCGCGUCAAACAGAAAAGACAACUCCUCCUAUUUGCUUCUGGAACCGGACAACCACUCAAAACCGUCACCGGACGUGUCUGCCUUCACCAGAUUAAUGUCAGAGAUGGGCUCCAUGACGGGCGGUUCUGGUCCAAUUCAGGGCUACUUCCGACCGGAGCAGUCAUACUCGGGGAUCAAAGUCCAGGAGUACAACAACAGCGUGCACAGCUUGCCCACGACCAAUCCACCGCGCUCUCCCCACUCAGACUCGCGCCAUUUGUGCAACUUGAGCUUCCCGGUGCUGCCAUAUCCAGAGUCUGACUUCAAGCACGUUAUUGAUGACUUAGAGCUGGGCAGCAGUGAGUGUCAAGCCCAGAGAAGCGAUAGCAGCAGCAUCACCCUGGCCAGUCAGACCAACACGGAAGACUUAGUCAUAGGUUUACGGCGAGACAAGUCCUCAUCAGUCUUACCCGAGGGCGAUAAAAGUCCCAGACAGGAGACGCAAGAGGACACAACAUUCAAAAAGGAUGCGUGCUGUGGAUGGCUGUGGGCGAAGGCGGGGAGGAAGAAGCGCUGUCCUUACACCAAAUACCAAACCCUGGAGCUGGAAAAGGAGUUCCUCUUCAACAUGUAUUUGACUCGCGAUCGCCGCCUGGAGAUCGCUCGCAGUGUCAACCUCACUGACCGUCAAGUCAAAAUCUGGUUCCAGAACCGCCGCAUGAAGAUGAAGAAGAUGACACGGGAACACAGAACCAGGGACACGGUCACACAUUUCCCCAUCUGAUUCCCCACAAACAUGGUACGCAGAGACAGGCCUACAUGGACAUGACUGAGUGCAGGAGCAUGGGAUGAUGCAAAGUCAACAAUAGGAUGGACCAUAUACUGAAGGAUGUGGAGAUAGUUGUUCUGAUCUGAAGGAUGGGCUGGAUGAAAGUGCAAGGAUGGGCUGGAUGAAAGUGCCAUCUAUGUCCUAUACACUUUGCAUGAGGAUAUGGUGGCUCUUACCGGUUACACUUGAGUUUUUCCAUGAUGGAGAAAUGUCGGGAAACGUUUUCUUUCUCCAUACCCCUGUCCCGCAACACCCUUCAUAAAAGCACUUUAUUUGAUCAUUAUUUAAACAACUGUCUUGUCGUUGUUUCUUGAUGGCUCAAUAGAAUGAUUGCAACGUUGCUUAAUUGGUCUUUUUGCCAGACAUAGGCGACCGUCUUGAAUCGAAAACUAUUGUUUACAGUUCAUGCUAGGCUAUGGGAAGCCAAUUUAAAAGGAUUACUUUAUUUAUGACGUGAGCACUAUUUUAUUUAUUUUCGGACGCAAUUGUAUUUGUAAGCGCUGAAAAAUGUGCACCAAUAAGCACAAUAUUUUGAACUUCAAUUUUGUAAAAUAGGAAGGAUUUAAAACAUUAUUUAUUGUCUAUACGGAGUCCUUUUUCAGCUUGACUUGAAACAAAGGAUGUGUUGAUUACAAUAAUGAAUGAUUUGAUUAUAAAAAAAAUACAUAUUUGUUUCCUAAAUGAGAGCAUUUGAAAUAAAGGUUACGCUUUCGGUGAUAUAGGGAAACAUGCUCCUACUACGCACACGAGCCCUUGACCUUCCAAAAGGCAAGCCUGGGAUAUAAUAUAUAUUUUUAGUCUUGUAUUAGCAAUUUCUAAGCUAAUAUUUGUUUUGAUAUAGUUUCGCCUAUCACUUCUGCUUGAAUAAAUAUUCCCCUGUUCCCAUAUUUCUUCAUUUGCAACUUUGAUAUGGAUAGAUAGAUGGAGAAAAACAUACAGAAUAGCUUGUUUUGGGAACAUCCCAUUGCAACAACUUCUAGUUCUAGACGGCUAUUACCACCUUUAGCCCAUUCCUCUUCCUAGGAGCCUACUCCUACCAGGUCAUAUGAGCUCCAGUAAUGUGAUUACUCUUCCUGUAGUGAUGAUUGUAGUUGCUGUAACUAUGAUUAUCAGGCUAGUAUUUGUGGUUUGCAGUAGCAUAGUUGUAUGUUGUAAUGUCCUUAUCAUAACAAGCAAUGCCAAUGCAUACAUUAGUUUUAUACAAGGUCUAUUUUAAAACCAUUUAAUCUGAUUUAGGAGUGAUUCCUUGUAUAAAAAAACCGAAUAACGUAUAUAAUAUACUUUGUCAAGGUUAGCCUACAUCUAUCGUGUCCCUUUAACUUUAUGUCCAUUGUUCACUAGCUGCGUUCAGUGGACACCAUUUUUUUUGUAGCCUACCUUCUGAAUUCAAAAUAUUAUUGUUAUUUUUUUUUUCAAAAGUCAUGUUGCAGAUGCCAGAGAUUCCGCUGCUGAUUUGCGGGUUGUUAGCCAACAAACAGGACCGUCUUUAACGUCCUCUGGGAACAGUGUAGGCUUACAUGCAUUCCACAUAGAAUUCCCUCUUAUUUUUUUUCUUCCAUAUUGUUAGAGAUUGGUCGAGCUGGAAUUAUGAUCUGGUCUGUGACAUUUAUAGCCUUUUACCAGAUCAUCAUGAUAGCCACUGCACGUUUAUUUAAAUUAAUAACGUGCGUGUAUUUAGUGUGUGCAUAUGAUUAUUUAGUCCCCAUGGAUCCCAUUUGUAUCUAGAUUUAUGGAUUCAUUCGACGUUAUUGACGUUAUCUAUCGUUUCAUUUUGCAUGGACUUUCUCUGAUAUUGUUUGAAUAUGAAGAUUUGAUGGAAAACACAUGCCGCAACUUCCCCACACUGGAUACUUGAUAUUAGCAUUUUGUCUGUUGGCCUUUUGUUUUAAAAUGAAACUGUGUAGCGUCUCCUGCUAUAGCAUCGCCAUAUUGAAGAGCGCCCAAUUUAUACUGACGCUGUCUGGGGCAUCCAGUUUUUUUUAUCAGGGGCAAUUGACAGGGCAUUUAUUGUAGACUCAGGAAGUCAGUGUAGCGGAUGUGUCACAGGGAUUACACUACUGUACUUUUCACUACAAUAGUAUUGCCUGCUAUUGUGGCUAACAAAUAGGUCUUAACGUGCGUUAUAGGCCUUUAUGUGCAUGAUUGAAAUGGCAUGGGCAUGCUACUUCCUCUCAUAUUCCCCAUUCCUGCUGUAUUGCAGUUUGUAUCUUGUCUCGUUUUAUAACUGCUGAUCACUUUAGCUAGUAGACAUGGAAUAAAGGCUACAUUUAAAAACAAAUGCUAUUCAUAUGGCGGAACCAAGAAUAACGUGUAUGGAUUGUCACCCAGGUUUUUACGGUAUGGGAACUUGUCCAGUGGCUCAAUCAGGUUAUCUGAAGGUCUUUGAAGAGAAUAUGAGACAAAGCUGUUGUGUGAUUUAGGUAGUUUCAAGUUGUUGGGCUGGACGCUUAUCACAGGAACCUGAAACUACCUGAAUUACUCCAGUACUGCACAUCAACGCUGGUGCGUAAUGGACGAAUGCAACAACAACGAGAAUGAGCCGUUUCCACAUGUCUGCGCACUACCCUCCAUUUUGUAAAUGCACACUAAAAAUGUUUUCAAUAUUAUCUAGAAAAGUUGUUAUUGUUGACAUGUAUUUCACUCCCGAGAGUCAACUUAUUGCACAUGGGCUUGUGGAGAGUUAAACGGCUAAUUUAAGCCUCCCCCAAAAUACCUGUGCACACUUGGGUGUAAUGAACGCUUCUUCUAAUAUAUGAAAUACAUUGUAUGAAGUACAGCACGCCCAGACGCCGUAAAUUAUCUACAUUAAAAACACCAGCACCGGCUCUUCCUCAUAUUCACACCAGCUUGUUUUUACUUUUGCAGGCAAUUUAAUAGCACAUUAACAUUUACCGUCUACGAAACAUUUUCUAACUUCUAUCAUGUUUCAACUUUGCAAAACAAGACAAAAACAUUCACAUUUUUUUUGUUCUAAUUUUCUGCAUUGUGAUCACGAACUUUUCAAUAA